GAAGCCCAUCUUUCUAACAAAAUAAAGAACAAAAAAAUGGCUACUGGGACUGCAGCAAUGGCAGCCAUGGCAGCAAGAAUACCGGUAUCUACGUGGCCAACGGCCACGAGGCUGAGCAUCUUCCACGGCCAAGUACCGAAAUGGAGACACAGGCCUCGAUUUUCUUCGUCACAUUCUUCAAUAUCUGCUUCAUCAUCUCCCUCAACUUCGAGAAAACUCGUACUUUAUUCAAAGCCCGGUUGCUGUUUGUGUGAUGGCCUCAAAGAAAAGCUCCAAGCUGCUCUCUGCCUCUCUGGCCCUGAUUCGAUCCAGAACGUUGAAUUACAGAUAAGGGAUAUCACUACGAAUCCUUGUUGGGAGAAGGCUUACCAGUAUGAAAUACCAGUGUUAGCUGUUGUUCGUUCUGAUGGCUUUGAGGAGACCCUUCCUAGAUUAUCUCCUCGUCUUGGCAUUGAGCUCAUCCAAAAGAAAUUAGCAGCUGCAUUGAGUGAAUGAGUUCAUGUAUGAUGAAACUUGUAUGAUGUAACUUGUGCAUUAAUACAGAAUAGAUCUUUGAGGAGUUUCAAAAAUUAGUUUCUUUUCCUGAUUUGACUUUUGUAACUUUAUACUUUUGUUUCCAAGUACAGUUUCUUGUAUUAUCCUUCAUUGUGUCUAUAAGCACAUUGUUUAUACAAUGGAGAGAAUACUGGAACUAUGAAUUUCUCUCUCUUCUAGACCAAAUUACCACAUGGGUUUGCAGUUCUUUUAA